AUGAGCAAACCCUCCAACGACAGGCUUUUGCGACUCAAUUCCCCUCGAUGGAGAGCAAUCCCUCAUCGACAAUGGCAUCCACAACAUUCAUGGUGUCUGCGCCAGGAAAAGUCAUUGUCUUUGGUGGAACAUGCCGCGGUGUAUGGUAAGCCCGCUAUUGCUGCAGCCAUCUCCCUUCGGUCAUAUCUUCUCGUCACCAUCUUUCCCAAAUCACGACGACCUACCGCCCAAUUGAAUUUCAGGGAUAUUGGUUUAAACCAUACUUGGGACAUUGAUGCUCUACCAUGGAAUGUUUUCCAUCAACUUCCUUCCAAGCAAAAGUCUUAUAACUCGGUUGUUGUCGACACCCUCGACUCGCAGCUUCUUCAAGCUAUUAUGCCAUCGAAACAUCUUCCAGAGAAGCAGCGGAAAACCCAUCGCCGGCCUGGGAAGCAGUGCCAGUGUUUGCGUUUGCUUGAGCGCAGCGCUGCUCCUUCAGACAGGCACCUGGCCGGACCACCCCACCCAGAUCAGUCUCUUGAAGAAGCAGACAAGCAAAUCGAGUACAUUAAUCGCUGGGCAUUCGUGGGUGAACUGUGUACACACGGAGACCCUAGUGGAAUAGAUAAUACAGUCUCGGCCGGUGGGAAGGCCGUGAUGUACCAGAGAAACGCCUCUGAGACAACAGCAACAACAUCAUCAUCAUCAUCAUCCGUCAUUCGUCUCACCAAGUUCCCCAAGCUACCACUCCUUCUCGUCGACACUCAACAACCACGAUCCACAGCUUUGCAAGUUGAAAAAGUGAAAACGUCAAAAACCAAUUACCCUGAAAUAACAGAGAUGAUCUUGGAUGGGAUUAGCAAACUUGCAACAUCUGCACUGGACCUGAUUUCAUCCGCUGAUUUUGGUUUCCAUGGUGGUGGCACUUCUGAUGCUCUCGGACACUUGGGGGCCUUUAUUGGUAUGAACCACGGGUUCUUGGUUACGUUGGGGGUCUCCCACCCACGUCUAGAGCGUAUUCGCGAGCUUGUGGAUUAUGCGGAUAUUGGCUGGACAAAAAUCACCGGUGCUGGAGGUGGUGGCUGUGCUAUGACGCUCUUUCCCCCCGGUAUCGAGAAUCAAACUAUUGAAGAGCUAGGGCGUAAGUUUGCUGCUGAAGGGUUUCGGACAUAUGAGACUGUUCUAGGUGCUGACGGAGUUGGGGUGCUUUGGCCUGCCGUAUUUCGAAACGACAGUAAUGGAAAGGUUGAUGAGGUGGUUAUUGAUCAGGAAAUGUUUGAGAAUGCUGACGGGGCUGAAGGUAUCAAUCGGCUGGUUGGAGUGGGAGUGCAAGAGAAUCGGCAAGGCUGGAAGUUUUGGACGCGAGAUGCUUCUCCAAGCUGA